AUGGCGGCGUUCGCGUCCGCAGGCAAGUCCAUGCCAGGAGCACAUGUCUCGUUCGACGACUUGCUGGAGCGGGAAUGGAGUGCGAACCAACCCCAUGCCCACACCUCGUCCGACGGGCGUAAGCAAGUGCCCAAGAAGCCAUUCUUGAAGCGCGGCGCUCGUGGAUGGUGGAAAAACAGCGACAAAGCCGUGCCGAUGGCGUAUUCAUUGUCCAGCGCCCACGACGACGAGCAGAAGGGCACCGCAACGUCGAAGACGACUGCGUUUCCAUCGAAGCAACAACGGCCGUCCCAGGCUUCGUCGCAACCCCGUCGAACGCAGGUACUAGGACCUUCUGCCUCAAGCCGCGCACAAGUUCCCGUGAACCAUCGAUCCAGCACACGACGAACCACUCCUACGUCUUCGACUGCUGCAUCACUUGGACGAAGUGCCAGUGAUGCCAUCGAGACGCCAUUACAUGCCGCCCCGUAUGUACCGUCCCCUAGGGGCAAUAGCACCGUUUUGAACGCGUCAUCUUCUCGAUACAUCCCCGUGGCCCACCAAGCACCCGAUUCGUCGAAUUGGUCCAUCCACGACGAGGACAACAACGAUGUCAGGCACGACGAGGACCCCCCCCCCGACACUUGCAAGUAUCAUGAGCAUCCGUUGACCCAGUCCGUGGACUGGAAACUCGAGCAAGACGCGCACGAGUUGCAAGAGUUCGAGAGCUUGGAGCAGCAACUUCUACAGCAACAUACACAUUCAACCCCCCAUAGCCACCAACUUGACGACACAGAUGUCCAUGCCGAUCCUUCCGCCGCCGCCGGCACUCAGCCUCCACCUCCGUGGAGAGUCGACGAAGAAACCGAACGGCGGGACCUCCUCGCCGAACUCGAUGCGUGGAGCCGCGACGACAUCACGACCCGUCCCCCAGCCGCGUCAUUGUACGACCAAGACUUGUACGAUCUAAACCAUAGUUUCUCGAUCGAUGGCCAUGGCGACGACGAAGUGGGCGAGCUAAGCCACCACCAGUCGUCCAUGCUGCACUACCCCCAUCACGACCAUAUCGAAGCCUUGAACGAAGGGAGCUUGAACGACGUGAGCUUUGCCGACUCUGAACCGUGGGACGAAUACGACCAAGGUCCUGCUCCCAUCAUGGCGCAGGAACGGCUUGACCUGACCAGCAACGUCCAUUCCGUUGCUGAACCACACCAAGAAUCGGCCAACGUCGGCCAGCAGCCGUCAUAUAUCGAGCAAAAGUUUCAAAAGGCGGCGGCCGCCGCCAAUCAAAUGCCGCCGCCGCCAGUAUCGUCGUCUCUACAAACACUUAAAAUGAAACUCAAACAAAAAGCUGCGGCAAGCUCCAGGACACCUGCCAAGCCGACUGGAAAGAAGUCUGCGGGGAAAAUACCCCCUUUACCACCACCACCACCACCUCCUGGGAAGGUGAAAAGGGAAAAAUCCCUGCCAGGGCAUCACGUCGGCACAGCAGCUGCUGCCACGGCACCGCAUUCCGUGGGGACUGUACCCCCUCCAAAGCCAUCAUCUUCCCACUUUCCCGCUGGCAUUGAAGACAAGCUUUUCGAGUUGGAGACUGAAGUCAAGCACUACAAGCAGGAGACGCUCAAACUGCAAAAGCGGAGAGAGGCGCUUGAAGCCGAUCAGCGCAAGCUGGACCAACAGCGGCACGACUGGCAUGAAGAGAAGCGGAAAGCGCAGGAAGACAUGGACGCCCAGUGGAAACAUCUCCGAAAGGAACGGCGGGCCCUCGACCAAGCGCUCAAGUUUGGGGCGGCGGCUUUGCCCGACAGGAAGGAGCGCGGCGAAAUCGACGCAUUGAAAGCGCAGCUGGUCAAGAUGCAGGUGGACGACAAGGCCAAAACCAACAAGCACAAAGCAGCGACGGACUUUUUCAGGCAUCGCAUUGCGGAAUUGGAAUUGCGAAAUCAAGAGCUGCGCGACGAUUUGAAGUUUAUGGAGCAGGAGCGCCUGGCGAAUUGGAAUUGGACCAACGAUGCUUCAAAUCACAACAAUAACCCUGGCUCAAACCAAAGUGGGAAAAUUCCCAGUCGACCUGGUCCUGGCACUGCGCCAAUUUCACUGGCAUCAAGCAUCAACUACAACAUUUCCACGUCCGACGCCCCUAUGAAGAAGGAUAAAAGCACUACGGUAGACGAAGACGCAGCCUACAACCCAGCGCAAUACCAACCGAACUACGGUGCAGUUGGCCAAUCCAAGGACAAAAGCGACAGUCGACGGACCAAUGGCAGUGAAACCCAUCAUUCCGACGAUGGCGACCAACACAAAAACGACCUUAACGGCGCGUUCGGCCUCGAGACAACUAUAUCAGACGAUGGACACGAAACACCAGACGACCAGGCCACACCAUCGUUGUCUGAGCUGCAUCCCAACUCAAGCGAGGUAGAGGAGAUCCGCCACAGCGGCGGCAAAGUCGAGCGGCGGUACGCCAGCGGCCCCCUUCUCAAGUCAUUUCAGUUUGCAAAUGGCACGGAAAAAGAUGUUUACAAGGACGGCCACUCGGUCGUUCGCUUCUCCAACGGCGACGUCAAGGAGACCUACCCAGGAGAAGGCGGGAAGACUGUAUAUUUCUACGCAGCAGCGCAGACGCGCCACGUCACAUACGCCGACGAUACGCAAGUGUUUGAGUUUCCCAAUGGCCAGGUGGAGACGCACCACGCGAACGGCGCCAAGGAAAUCUCGUUUGUGGACGGCACGACCAAGCGCAUCGAAACCAACGGCGACGAGUGGAGCACAUUUCCGGAUGGGACGCGGAUGGUCGAGGCCAAGUCGGGGUUCCGGGAGGUGAUCAACCCCGACGGAAGCCGCGCGAGGGACUACCCCGACGGCCGUACGACAUGGAUCACCCCCCAGGGGGUCGAGCAGCCGGUGCAGUACAAGCGGCCGACGGCUUAAUAUGCGAUACAGUUACCGUCCAUAAAGUAGAGUUGUACGGGGAUAUCAGACAAGUUGAAGUGUAAUAUAUUGUGAGUCCAGCAACAUGAAUGCUGAGUGUCG